CGCUGCUCGUAGGCACUCCUCACGUCAUCUCCAACAGGUUCACGUUCACCAUGCUGUCCACCCUGCUGACCGUCUGCGGCCUGGUGGCCUCCGGGAUGGCCGCCUGUCCCGACAUCCCCUCCCUGGAGGUGUUCGAAGCAGCGCAGUACGCGGGUCACUGGUACGAGAUCCAGCGGUACCCUCUGAUCGGCGAGGUGGGCGAGACCUGCGUCCAGACCAACUACACCCUCCAGGCCGACGGUUCUGUCCGCCUGGAGAACCGCGGCAGGAAGCCGGAUGGCGUCAUCGACUCCAUCACGGGCACAGCGCGCGCCGAGGACCCGGCGCAUCCCGCCGAGCUCAGCGUGCUCUUCGACGAGGGCUUCCAGGGCUCCUACAACGUGAUCCGCACCGACUACAGCGCCUCGGCGCUGGUUUACACCUGCACACCGCUGGGGGACAUCAUUCUCGAGUACGCCUGGUUCCUGUCGCGUGAGCCCACCAUGGACCAGGCGGUGCAGGACGAGUACACUCGGAUCCUGGCUGACGCCGGCUCGGACACCAGCCAGCUGUCGGUGACGCCGCAGGACUGCGGCAGCCUCUUCUGAGCUGUACAUAUCUGAUGUAGAG